AUGAAUCCAGGCUCGCCUUAUGGCGGUCUACGAAGGCACGAAGAAUACUACAUAAGCACAGGGGACCUGCAUCUCGUGGUCGAUCACACACGAUUCCGGGUCCACAGAUACUUCUACGAACGCGAAUCCGAGUUCUUUCGCCGCAUCUUGUUAGCGCCUGCCUCGCCUGGCGCGACACGCCAGGGCGCAAGCGACGAUAAUGCUAUACAGCUGGACUAUGUUACGAGCGAUGAAUUUGCGAAGUUCAACUGGGUGUUCUACAACCCCAAGUACUCGCUUUAUGACAAGAGCGCGAAGGAUUGGCAAAUCAUCCUCCGUCUUGCGUACCGAUGGGGCUUCCCGGAUGUGCACGAACUCGCGGUUCGGGAGCUAGACAAGAUCUACGUCCCCGACAUUGACCGUGUUGUGAUGUACCAAGACUACGAGGUCGACAGGCGGAAGCUGGUCCCUUGCUACGCAGCGCUUGCAGAGCGCGCAGACCCAAUCACGCUCGACGAGGGCGAGCGGCUCGGUCUCUCGACGGUUAUCAUGCUCGCGCAGGCGCGGGAACUCGCGCGAGCGGGUCCCCAGCGCGAAUUGGCGCCUGCUGGGCUGCGCCGCGACGAGAUGGAAGAAAUUGUGAAGGACGUUUUCGACAUCGAGGCACCUCCCGUGGAUAUGUUGUACCCCCAGGCGUACGAAGUGAGUCUACUAUAA